AUGGCAAAGCAAGCACUUGCUUUUAGAGGUGAUGAUGAAUCUAUCGAGUCAUCUAAUCAUGGCAAUAUUAUUGAAAUUGUGGAUUCAUAUAGGAGAAUGAAUGAGGAAGUUGCAAAGGUCACCUUAAAAAAUGCCUCUGCAAAUGCUAGUUAUACUGCUCCAGGUAUUCAGAAACAGAUUCUUAAUAUUUUUGCCAAAAGAGUUAGAAAAAAGAUAUGCGAAGAGCUUAGGGGUUCCAAGUUUUGUAUACUUAUGGAUGAAUCACUAAAUGAGGGUAAAAAAGAUCAAAUGACUAUCAUCUUGAGAUUUGUUUAUUUUCAAGGGUUUGUUCGUGAACGAUUUUUUCAUGUUGUAAGUGUUAGUGAUACUGGUGCAGCAACUCUUAAGAAUAAGAUUGACAAGGUUUUCACUAAAUACAAUCUUCGAGUUGAAAAUUUGAGAGACCAAAGAUAUGAUGGUGCUAGCAACAUGUGUGGUCAAUGGAAUGGAUUGCAAGCAUUAUUUUUGCAAGAAUGCCCAUACGCAUACUAUGUACAUUGUUUUGCUCAUCGCCUACAAAUAGCUUUGAAUACAUCAGCUACAGAUGGAGAUGUGGUGUACUUGUUUUUUGAGAUGUUGACUAGUAUCAUUAAUGUUAUCGACUCAUUUUCUAAGAACGUUUAUGAGUUGAAAUGCAUUCAAGAAGUUGAAGUUGUGGAACAAAUUGCUACUGGGGAACUUGAAACUGGCAAGGGAGCUAAUCAGACAUGUAAUCUACAAAGAGAGGGAGCUACUCGGUGGAGUUCAAGGUAUUAUUCUAUUAAGAACUUGAUGAAAUUGUUUAAUUCAACUAGUUUUGUUUUCAAAAACAUGAUUGAUAAUGGUCUUAUUGGAAAAAUACAUGGACAAGCUUUGGGUGCUUUUAGAGCUAUAAGAUCAUUUGAUUUUGUGUUUUGUUUAUUAUUGAUGGGGAAAAUUAUGAGAAUCACAAAUGCUCUUUGUAAGUCACUGCAAGAACAAUCUCAAGAAAUUAUAAAUGCCAUGAAUCUAGUUUCAAGCACGAAGGGUCAACUUGAAAAGUUGAGAGAAGAUGGUUGGGUUGGUUUCCUUGCUAGUGUUGUGUCAUUUUGUGCCUCACAUGUCAUUGUUGCUCCAGAUUUUAAUGCUCCUUAUUUGGAAGGUACAGGUCAUCCUUCUCAACAACUGAAUUGUGUUACCAUUGAGCAUUAUUAUCGUGUUCAAGUAGUUUAUGUCGUAAUUGAUUUUCAAUUGAUGGAACUAAAUACUAGAUUGAAUGAGAAAACAAGGGAGCUUUAG